AUGGAUCCGAAACCAAAAUCGCAGAAUCCCCGGGCUACACGCUCAUCGCUGGCCUGUCUAUCAUGUCGCUCACGACACCUGAAAUGCGACGGCAAGAAGCCUCGCUGCGACCGCUGCUCAGAGUCGAACAGCCAGUGCGGUUAUGCUCAGUCACGGCGCGGUGGCCUCGAUAGAGCAGCAUUGGCCGAGCGCCGCCAGCGCCUGGCAAUGACACCUAAUAACCGUGACCUGGGACACACAUAUUUAAAAGAAGCAACGCUUCAGCAGCCCCAAUACGACCUGGCUCUCUACGGUCAGCUUGACUUUCGCCAAGAACGCGGUCUGUUCGAUCUUACCGCAGUCGCCAGCACAGGUGAUAGAACCCUGCAAGCAGUGGGAGCUGCGUAUCCGGUCAACAUCGAGUCCGAUCCGCUGGUGGCAUCAUAUUACAAAACAUUCCAUUCAUGCCAUCCCUUCGUCUUACCCAAAAGUCAUCUGAAAAUGCUGUGCCAAGAUCCGCGGAGGCACCAAGGCUUCGCACCGCUAAUCGCUGCCAUCCGCUUGAUUGGGAAUAUAUACAAGGAGCGCGAAUGGUCUGUCCCAUUGAAAGAAGCUGUGGAAUAUUCAAUUUCGCAGGUAUUUCCAUCGGAUCCAAUUAUAGUCCAAGCUCGACUGCUGUACUCCAUGGCCUUAUUUUGGUAUGAGUACAAGGUUGAAGCGAAAUCCCAGAUGGACAUGGCAAACAGGCUGGCUAUUGAUUUGGGAAUGUUCCGCCGCGAAUAUGCGAUAGAGCAGGGUGCUGAUAAUUUAGUGGUCAGGGAAUCUUGGAGGCGGACUUGGUGGAUGCUAUAUAUCAUCGAGGCCUAUUACGCCGGAACCUUGGGGACAAUGAAUUUCCAGGUGGUCAACAUCGAUUCCACGGUGGACUUGCCAUGUGAUGAGGCAGACUAUGAGUCGGGGAACAUCCCUGUCCCGAAAACCAUGGAAGAUUUCCAAAGCCGCGAAUUCGGUCCCAAAGAUAUACGUUUUUCAUCAUUCGCGUAUCUUAUUGGCGCCGUGGAGUGUGCUGCAGCCGCCAUAUCCACUAUACCGACAGUUGCUACUGCUGAAGAUUCAACGUUCAUCAUGCAAGCUGCCGAUGCCACCCUUGACGGAUGGCGGCUUUUGCUUCCCCCGGAUCGCAAGCAAGUGAUGAAUGCGGCCGGUGAAGUUGACGAACUCAUGUUUCAGGCUCACCUGGUUAUUCACGUGUAG